AUGACUAAAAAAGUAUACUACCAUUUUCAGCGCCUAAACCAAGAACUGGACAUUUGGAAGAAGCUUCAGCACGUUCACAUCGUUCCGUUAUACGGAGUUGUCAAUGACAUGGGGCACUAUGCGUCGAUGGUUUCACCUUGGAUGGACAACGGCAAUGCGUCGAAGUAUUUUGAGGGGCAGGAUGUGCAGACUACACUACCAAGGAGGCUAAAACUUCUUUACGAAGUCGCUUCGGGUCUUGAGUAUUUACACUGUUUCUCACCUCCAAUAAUACACGGAGACCUCAAAGCCUCAAACAUCCUAGUAUCCGACUCCGGCCACGCACUCCUUACAGACUUCGGGAUAUCAACUCUCAUCGAAGAAGCCACAGGGACCGAACAAUCCGCGUCAACAUUUGCAGGUUCAGUCCGAUGGAUGGCGUUCGAGCUCUUCAACCCUUAUGGAUCAACCAGGUCUAUCGAGGAAAGUCAGGGCUCGGUACAAUUGACGACAUAUUCCGAUAUUUGGUCGUUUGGGAGUACAGUGUUAGAAGUCUUAAGUGGCAAACUCCCCUACUACUACCGCAAAAAAGACGUUCAAGUCGUACACGAGAUCCUCCUCGGCAUAAAACCUCUCCACGACAAACUCCGCUCGGCCUAUCCCAGUAUCUCCUCGGAAAUCUGGAGCUUCCUCCUAACGUGCUGGAAAGACGACCCGCGAAGUCGGCCCUCUAUAACUCACGUCAAAGAUACGAUCGGACACCUGUUCAAGGAAAGGCGACGUAUGGGUAUCGUUUUUAAUGAAGAAGGGUUUUUGUAG